GAGUACAAAUACUUCCAGAGAAUGACUACCACAACCCAUGUGGAAGGUAAACAGAAUGCAGUGAUAAUGGGUAGAAAAACCUGGUUCUCCAUUCCUGAGAAGAAUCGUCCUUUAAAAGGCAGAAUUAAUAUAGUGCUUAGCACGGAGCUCAAGGAAACCCCGAAAGGAGCACAUUACCUUUCCAAAAGUCUGGAUGAUGCUUUAGCUCUUUUGGAUUCGCCAGAGUUAAAAAGUAAAGUAGACAUGGUUUGGAUCGUUGGAGGCGCUUCAGUUUACAAGGAAGCAAUGGAGAAGCCAAUUAAUCAUCGAUUGUUUGUGACAAGAAUUUUUCAGGAAUUUGAAAGUGACACAUUUUUCCCAGAAAUCAACUACAAAGACUUCAGACUUCUCACACAGUACCCAGGUGUCCCUGCUGGUAUCCAAGAAGAGAAUGGUAUUCAGUACAAAUUUGAAGUGUAUGAAAAAACAGUCACGGCACAAUAAAUGAGGCUUUUUGUACUUCU